CGGCUUCGUGACCUUCGAAAGUGAGGACGUUGUGGACAAAGUGUGCGAGAUUCACUUUCACGAAAUCAACAACAAGAUGGUGGAGUGCAAGAAGGCCCAGCCCAAGGAGGUGAUGCUGCCGACCAGUGUGGGCCGCGGACGGGGCGGCGGUCGAGGCGGCUAUGAUCUAGUUUGGUCGCUGGGAGCUCUCCCUGAUGGUAUCCAGGCUGCCGCGUACGCCGCCUACGCAGGGCGUGGCUAUGCUAGUUACCCAAGCUUUGGUUUUCCAUACCCUGCAGGGUUCCCGGCCGGAUGUGGGUACUUCCCCUCAGCCACUGGUGCUUCCAUCACGGGCGUGUCCCCUCAGACGCCCACGCCUGCAGACGGGUUCAAAGCCACAGCAUACUACGAUUCCGGCGCUGUCGCCACCCCUACCCUCACCCCAACCGCGCCCAUCACCCCUACGCUCACGGGGGAUGUGACAGAGGAUAUGUUACAUUACCACCUGCAGGCUGAGCGUCUGGCAGCUGCCGGGACGUACUACGACUCCGGGGCCCUGGCCGCUGUCAGCAUGAGUGGCUCAGGAGCCGAUCAGCGAGGUCAGCAGUCAAUCCAGGUGACGGCAGCUACUGGUCCCGGCGCGCCCCACACGCGCGCCGACCACAUCAACUCUUCCCCCAUGCUCAGGACUACAGUGAUGAACAGUUUCCCCCAGGGGUAUGGACCCCCUACGUCCCCCGCCACGGCCACCAGUAGGGGCUUUGGGCCCGCAGGCUCCCCAGGGCCCAUGGACGUGUUCUCCGCUGCCCCAGGAGACACCGCCGUCGGAUACGUUCAGGCCGCCUCCCCACAGCCUUCCUCCUUCCCCGUGGCUGUCAACAGGGGUCCUCUCAUAGCUGCCUACGCCAACGGAUACCACUGAGAAAUAGAUCUUGAUGAGCCUCGGGCAGUAUAGUCGUGAUGUUUAGCCUGUGGAAACUGGCCUGGUGGUGGACCCUCUUUCACUAGGGGAGUGUCUUUAGCCACUGCCACCACCACCACCACAACUACUACUAAUACAACCACCCCUAUUACCACCAAUUCCACCACAGCAGCAACAACAACCACCAACAGCACGGGGUCGGCUCCGCCAUGGUGGAUGUUUGGCUCUUCCUCUACUUCGCCAUGACCACCACUACCACCACCACCACCACCACCACAACCACCACCUUCACCAGCCCUCACCACCACACCGCACGCUCGCCUCUUCACACGAGUCAGAGGCUGGCCUUUACCCCCCAGCUGACAUUACUGGGCCCCUUCACCCCAGAGGACGGAGAUGGUGGACUGUUAUCUUUCCGGAUCUUUCCUUCGCGGAGCUCCAGCAUACGUCUGCGAUCCAGUAUCUUUCUGGAACACGAUGGAUAAUGACUUGGGCCCACCCCACCCUCCUGUCCCUUCCUCCCUGGAACAUUAUAUGUGGCGUUAUGUACUAUGCUACCUUAGAACUGAUCUUACAAGCGUCUAAUGGAGUGUUUUGUCUCCAUUUCAUGGGCUUGACAUUUAGCCUAUGAGACAAGAAUUAAAGCUUUACAGCAGUGGUACGUAAACUUAAGCAUACUAUUGCUAUUGCAUGUGAAAGUGACAUGGAAGUUGGUAUUUUUAGAGACCUGUGGCUAGCCAUUUAAGUUGUGUAUAUAUAUAGUAAAGGUGUUGCAUCCGUUAUAAUGUUAUUCUGAUUGAUUUAUACGUCAUGUGACGGGGUUUGUCAUUUUGAAUAGGAGACACACGCAAAUACAGUAGUGUUUCUCAUUUAACAAAGAAAAUGGAAAAUUAAUCCUUAAACGAGCCGUCAAUCUUAGAGUUCAAAAUAGCCGAUCUCGCCACAAGUAGAUGAUCAACUCACGUCUACACCUCAGUAGAAGUAAUUAGAAGUUUAUUGUACAGGGUAAAGCAAAAGGUUGUAGAGAGAAGUAAAUACUAGGCCAGGAUUGUCGUAGCAUUUGUGGUUAGGCCAGCGAAGACUCGCUCUUAUUGUCCAGUGUCUCAAGGAUCACAUUGGCUGGUUUCUUCACAUCUCAUCAUUAACUGGCAUCACAGGGUAAGCUUACGAAUUGUUUUUUCCGACUUUUCACUCCGUUCAAACUUGACCACCACAAAGCGCUUUGAAAAUUAGUUGUUUACAGUCAAAUGUGAUACAAAACAUAGGCUUAUAUAAGGACAAAAUGUCAGACGUGUUUAAUCUUCAUCAGUAAUAAUCCUGGCAUUGAUGUUGUAUCCUUGUUCAAGUAUUCCUUAUUUAUCCAAACAUAUGUAUAUUCAAACAUAUUUAUAUAUAUAUAUA